GAUGCUUCCACCUGGUUUCCCCGGUGUCACUAUCAGGAAGCUAACCAGAUUGGGGAACGUCCCUGUAGAUACGCCAAAUCCGCGACCCCGACUACUUCGUGUAGUCCUCUCAACCCCGGAGGAACGCAAAGCGUUAAUGCGCUUUGCAUUCAAACUCAAGGGUAGUAAUGUCAGCGUUCAGCCGGACCUCCCACUGGCAGAUCGACUGAAGUUAAAGGAAGCCAUCAAAAGCCUCAAGAGCAGGCGGGCGGCUGGUGAGCAAGGCCUUCGUCUUGUGGGUUUUCAGGUGGUCAGCCGGAAGUCAAAUUCUGCCCUACCAGAACCCCUCCUGGUAGCGUACGACCCAGGGCUGGUCGUGCCGAGUUCCUUCGGGUAGUGCUUAGUAAUGUGCGUAGCCUAAGGAACAAGGUACACGAGGUGGGUCUACUUGUAGACAAAUCUCGUCCCGACAUACUUGCUAUCACCGAAACGUGGCUGUCCCCGGAUAUCACAGACGGUGAAGUAUGUUUACCUGGCUACGCACUGCUUAGAUGUGAUCGCUCCGUUGGCCGCCAAGGUGGGGGCGUCGCUCUUUAUGUGAGUUGUAAACUUGAUGUGUUGAGGACCUGUGUGUUCCAGUCGCCGGAUCAAACUGUUGAAGCCCUGUCGACUAUUGUGUGCACUUCCUCUGCUCAGUUUACAGUUGUAGUGGUAUAUCGAAGUCCUGGAAGUAUCUCCAGGGAGGUUAUUGAAUUUAUUCGUACUCAGGCUGCCAA